UACUUUAACUAUAACUUUCUUUGUUAGACACUCUAUGUUUAAAUUGUAUUUUUUCUCAAUUUUACUUUUAGCAGUAGGCCUUGUGGUGUUUAUCUGUAUUUAUUCUGUUAUAAUGUCUGUUUGUUAUUUUUGUUUUGUACGGUCUACCUGCCCCUAUCAGCGAAACACUGCGCAUUCCCACACACUAACACAAAAGCGGUUGCGUAACUGUGGUUUACCUGUCGCUCAGGUGCGCGCUGUUUACAUCUGGAAAGUGAAAUGGGUGCAAUUCCCGAAAAGCGCGCAUAUAAACGGCGGCCAGAAUGGAGGAGAGGAGACACCAGCAGAGAACCAGAGGAAACACCAGCAUUAAAACAGCAGCUCAUCAGUGGAUCAAGCAGUGGCAUCACUCAACACGACAGAAUGGACCUUCGUUUGCUGCAGCUCUGCCUUCUUCUGUCCGCGUGCGCUUUCAGCUCUGUGCUGAGCUGCAGGUGGAUAAAACACAAGUUCCGGCAACACCAUGGAGUCUCUUUGGAUCUGAUCAGAAAGAUGGGUGAGAAAAUCCAUAAUGAUCAUGAGGAUGUCAACCCCAUCCCAGAUGAACUGAUCAAUAACCAUAGAAGUGCAGAGCCUGAGAAACGGAUCCUGUUCGUCAUUCAGGCUCUGAUGGAGAUCACUGUCCUCUUUGACGAUGCCGUCGUCCCCUGGGAGGCUAAAAAACUGAAAGAUUUCUUAGAUGUCAUGCAUGAACAGAUUAAAGGACUGCGCUCAUGUGUAAGUACACUGAGGGUAGAGAUCUAA